AUGGCCGAUGGUGCCUUUCGGUUCCAAGGAGCCGGCCAGUAUUUCUACCAACCACAGUCGCAGCGCCAGCUACAGACUCGUCACGGCUCGCCCAUCACCACCUCGCAGCGCAUCCCUUUCCACACUCAAGACACUCCCUCGCCCAACCGCUCACCUGGCGCCAACUCGCCUGCCUUCAAUACCAUGUUUAAUCAACAUGGCAUCCUCAACGGCAACAGUCACCAGCGCUUCCAGAUGCACAUGAACAUGACCAAGCAGUUCGGCCAGCAACAACAGUCGCAGCAGAAUUUGCAGACCCAUCACCAAAACCAAGCCCACUCUCAACAGCAGCAACAACCCCACCACACUCAGCACCAACACCACCACGAUGCCUUUGCCUCUCACUCGCACAACCUCUCGAGUUCGACUCCUCACUUCACUCCCAGCCACAUGCAGAGCCAAACGCCGCUUAGCACGCACAGCCAACUUAGCAAGCCUAGUAGCGAACACUGGCAGGAGCAACAGCGUCUGGCUCAAGUUUCGCGUGACGCUACACAGCCUCACUACUACGCCAGAAAUGCCCAUGUCGCUAGCCGGCAGGCUAUCGCCCAGCUGGGCCCCGGUGCUAGGAAGACCGAGGAGAAUAAGGAGGAGCGUGGGAGGAGAAUGCCUUACCAUGAUGAGAAGCACGCCUUCACUGCCAUCGACUUCGGUGGCCAGGGUUUGCGUGCUCUUGCCGACAAUCUCUUCAAAUACUACUUCCUCGAGAAGCUCUACGUCAACCAGAACAAGCUCAACUGGCUGGUGCCCGAGAUUGGUAUGCUACGCAGACUUACUUUCCUCGACCUCUCACAGAACGAUCUCUCAACUAUUCCGCCCGAGAUUGGUAUGCUCACAAACCUUCGCACUCUCCUGCUUAUCGACAACAACCUCGUGGAUCUACCUAGCGAGUUGGGCUACCUCUAUCAGUUGGAAACUCUCGGUCUCGAGGGCAAUCCUCUGAAUGAAAACAUCAAAGACAUCAUCGCCGAAUCUGGUACAGGAGAACUGAUCCGCACUCUGCGUGAGCAUGCUCAGGGUCCUGAACCGCCCAACGAGCGUGACUGGAUCAUCCUCGAUGAGACACCUGCCGAACAGCAAGAAAGAUUCAUGGUCUACAGUCACAACAUUCUGUGUGACAAGUACACUACCGAAGCUCAAUACGGCUACGCCCCUUCGCAUGCCCUCUUGUGGGAGAACCGCAGAGAGGUCCUCCUGGGUGAAAUAAGACAACGCCGAGCCGACAUUAUCUGUCUACAAGAGAUUGAUGCCGAAAGCUUCAACGAAUAUUUCCGCCCUCAACUUGCACACGAUGAUUACAGGGGAAUGUUUUGGCAAAAAUCCCGUGCUCAUACUAUGUCAGAGAAGAACGCCAAAUUGGUUGAUGGUUGCGCCACUUUCUACAACAAUACCAAGUACAUUUUGCUUGACAAGCAAGUCGUCGAGUUUGGACGGACGGCUAUUAACCGUCCCGACAUGAAGGGCGAGCACGACAUCUUCAACCGUGUCAUGACUCGUGACGAUAUAGCAACCGUCGCCUUCCUCGAGAGUCGCCAAACCGGUGCUCGUCAAAUGGUGGUCAACCUUCACUUGUUCUGGGACCCGCAAUUCAAGGACGUCAAGGUUGUUCAAGUCGCUAUUUUGCUGGAGCAGCUUAAUCGUCUGAGCAGAGAGUACGCCAAGUGGCCCGCACUUAAGGACAAGGAACUGUUCCGCUACGCAAAUGGUGAUGAGGUGGACGGAGAACCUGUCGAGAAAGCACCGCCUGCACCUUCGCAAGAAUACGCCUCGAACACUGACAUUCCGCUUAUUAUUUGUGGCGAUUUCAACAGUACUUCGGAAAGUGGUGUCUACGACUUGUUGGCUCACGGCUCGCUCUCAUCCUCGCACGACGACUUGGCAGGACGCAAGUAUGGAAACUUCACAAAGGAGGGUAUGACCCAUCCUUUCAGCUUGAAGUCGUCGUACUCUCAUAUCGGCGAGCUCGAGUUUACCAAUUACACGCCUACGUUUGUUGGCUGCAUCGACUAUAUCUGGUACUCGACUAACGCGCUGGGCGUCACUGGCGUCCUUGGAGAGAUCGACAAGCAAUACCUCAGCCGAGUGCCUGGGUUCCCUCACAUCUACCAUCCCUCUGACCACAUUGCUCUUCUGGCCGAGUUCUCGGUAAAGGUCAAGAAGGAAUCGAAGAGAUCGGAAGCAGACUUCGGGCAUGGUUCGAACGAUCACAGACACCGAUGA